AAAACGCACUGCUCGACUCCUUUAGCUGCCUUGUAAUUGCAAGGUGAUCUCCACUUUCAGCAACCUAACUUUAGUCUUGGCAGGAACAUUAGCCAAGACGACCAUCUUUUUCGAGAAUGAAGUUAUCUAAAGCUCAAGAAUCUAAUGCAUCGGCUUUUGUCGAAUGGGUCAAUAGCUUUGAUCGUUUGUCUCACUCUUGCACUCAAAUAACGGAUCUAUCAGAUGGCAUUAUAUUAUUUGAAGUGCUAGCUCACAUAGACGCAAAGUGGUUCAAAUUAAUUCGAUCUGCAGAUCUCAGCGAUAACUGGGUGUUAAAGUUUAAUAAUCUCAAAAAGCUAUACAAAUUAGUCACUCGGUACUAUGAGGAGGUGCUAGGGCAACAGGAUUUCACCGACAAGAUACCAAAUAUUAAUCUAACAGCCAUAGCUAAGGAUGCGGAUGCCGAUGAAAUUCUUAAAUUGUGUCAGUUGGUGAUUGUUAUCGCCGUCCUCAACGACAACAACUCCAUAUAUAUUGAGAAGAUGCAAAGCUUGUCUCAAUCAAGUCAACAUGCUCUCAUGGUGUGCAUUGAGCAGGUCAUGGUCAUUGUUCAAGGCCGUUCCGCAGAACCUGGCGGUAACCUCCCAAGCAUGGGUACUCAACGACAAGCCUCAUUCAACGAAGGAGAAACAGUUUCUCGACAUCAGUUUGAGAGCAACCGCAUGGCAUUGGAGAAAGAAGAGUUGGAAAAUGCUCAUCAGCAAUUGAUAGAAGAACAUGGCCAACUUCGCUAUAAAUAUGAUGAACUGGAAGCGGAGAAAGCCGAACUCAAAUCACGCCUUCACGACAUGGAUUCAGCCGUUGCGCAAGCCAAUGAAACUGGAAAGGCAGAUUUCAUCAUGAGAACAGAAAUCGAUCAUUUGAAGCAGGAUCUCCAACGUAGCGAAGAUCGCAGGCAAGAGUCAGAGAUGCUCUUGGAUAGCCAGAGCAUCACAAUAUCGGACUUGACAAAGCGGGUAAGUUAAAUACUAGAUUCGUGAAUGGCGUGUUGCUGGUCUUG